AUGUCAAGUCCAAUCUCAAGAUUAUCUAUUUUAUCUAAACAAAUUAUGACCAACAAUACUAACAGUUCAAUUGCCAGAGGUGAUAUCGGUUUGAUUGGUUUAGCCGUCAUGGGUCAAAACUUGAUCCUUAACAUGGCUGAUCAUGGUUACACUGUUGUUGCUUACAACAGAACUACUUCUAAGGUUGACCACUUUUUGGCCAACGAAGCUAAAGGUAAACCAAUUCUUGGUGCUCACUCUAUUAAAGAAUUGGUUGACCAAUUGAAAAGACCAAGAAGAAUUAUGCUUUUGGUUAAAGCUGGUAAACCAGUUGAUGAUUUCAUUGACCAAUUAUUGCCAUACUUGGAAGAAGGUGACAUCAUUAUUGAUGGUGGUAACUCCCAUUUCCCAGAUACCAACAGAAGAUACGAUGACUUGAAAAAGAAGGGUAUCUUGUUUGUCGGUUCCGGUGUUUCUGGUGGUGAAGAAGGUGCCAGAACUGGUCCAUCUUUGAUGCCAGGUGGUAACGAAGCUGCUUGGCCACACAUUAAAGAUAUCUUCCAAGAUAUCGCUGCUAAAGCUGAUGGUGAACCAUGUUGUGAUUGGGUUGGUGAUGCCGGUGCCGGUCAUUACGUCAAGAUGGUCCACAAUGGUAUCGAAUACGGUGAUAUGCAAUUGAUUUGUGAAGCUUACGAUCUUAUGAAGAGAGUUGGUAAAUUCUCCAACAAAGAAAUUGGUGAUGUUUUUGCUAAAUGGAACAAGGGUGUUUUAGAUUCUUUCUUGAUUGAAAUUACCAGAGACAUUAUGUACUACAACGACCCAACUGACGGUACCCCAUUGGUUGAAAAGAUCUUGGAUACUGCUGGUCAAAAAGGUACUGGUAAAUGGACUGCUGUCAAUGCUCUUGACUUGGGUAUCCCACUUACUUUGGUUGGUGAAGCUGUCUUCUCCAGAUGUCUUUCUGCUAUGAAGAAUGAAAGAACUGAAGCUUCUAAAGCCUUGCCAGGUCCAUCUGUUUCCGAUGCUUCUCCAAUCACCAACAAAGAAGAAUUUAUUGACCACUUGGAACAAGCUUUGUACGCUUCUAAGAUUAUCUCAUACACUCAAGGUUUCAUGUUGAUGAACCAAGCCGCUAAAGAUUACGGCUGGAAAUUGAACAAUGCUGGUAUUGCCUUGAUGUGGAGAGGUGGUUGUAUUAUCAGAUCUGUUUUCUUGGGUGAAAUCACUGCUGCUUACAGAAAGAAACCAGAUUUGGAAAACUUGUUGCUCUACCCAUUCUUCAAUGAAGCUAUCACUAAAGCUCAAAAGGGUUGGAGAACUUCUAUUGCUAAGGCUGUUGAAUAUGGUGUCCCAACUCCAGCUUUCAACACUGCUUUGGCUUUCUACGAUGGUUUAAGAUCUGAAAGAUUGCCAGCUAACUUGUUGCAAGCUCAAAGAGAUUACUUCGGUGCUCACACUUUCCAAGUCUUGCCAGGUAAAGAAAACUCUUUGUUGAAGAAGGGUGAAUGGAUCCACAUUAACUGGACUGGUAGAGGUGGUGAUGUCUCAUCUACUACUUAUGACGCUUAG